AUGGCGCUCAUGGGUCGCUCGGAACUUUUAGCAACCGAAGACCCCACCGAGAAUCAGAGUAACAAGUCCAUUCUUCAACACCUCUACUUUAUCAUUGCUGUCUCUGCAUUGAUGCUCUUGGUGGCAGCAAGGAUAUGUGUCUUGCGAAGGAGAAACCGACCUCUCACAGAAUUCUUCUCCAUCAGGACAUCAAAUUUUUACGACAACUCUCAAGCUCCUGGAGAAGACUAUACAUUCAGUUCUUCAUAUCAACCCUCUCGGAUGCACCAUCAUCUUACUCCUCUCCCAUCGGCUUAUCGCCCCGAUCGCAGAGUCCGCCCUGAUCGCAGAGUCAAUGCUGCGGAUACUGAUUCUGCUGGACGCAGAACUGGAGGGCCUGAUGAUCCAGAUUGGGAUGGGAAAGAUAUACUUCCUGCCUACAAUAUAUAUGAUCGCCCUCCCAAGUACGACUUCGGAGGAUCAGUGCCUCCCGCUCAAGGAUAUACACCACCCGCUGGGAGUCAACCACAUGACGACGCAGUUGUGGCAAGCACUGGAGUCAUUCCUGCUGUAGUUAAUCCUUGA